CUAUGGUUCCUCGUGGACGCUUUGCACCUACAAUACCUAGUGAAAGGAGAAGGAGAAAACAACUUCAAGUUGAUUCACAAGAUAAAACGACAGAUAGCCCACCUGUGGAACAAACAAGAAACGAGUCAACCAAGAAGACCCUUGAAGGAAGCACUUUAAAAACAGAAAACAAAGCUUUAGAACAACCAAUUAAAAAGGAACCUCUCAUACAAACAACAAACAACGAGACAAAAGUUAAACAGAAUAGUAACACUUGUCUUCAGUUGGACUCUUCAGACGAGGAACAAGAGAAUACUCGAGAUGACAAUUAUAAUACUACAGUUGGUUAUAAUGUUACUUAUGGGUCAUCCUCUCUUUUGCCUGUAGUCUUGCCUAUAUCCAAUCAGCCGACGGAUGAAUUCGGACAAGUUGAUAAUACAGAACAUCAGAAGGGUAACUUGGCAAAGAAGUCCAUUGCUAGUAAACUUUGUCAUGAAAAAAAAUGGUUCUUUGUGCAAUUGCCACCUACAUUACCUAUAUCGGACUCUAUAGAAAUGCAACAGAAAGACUUGCAUAAUGAAAAGGAAGAAACUGUGGAUGAAAGUGCAAGUACUGAAGCUAAACUACGGGAAUUGAAGUAUAUGAUGUCUCAAAAUGAAGUAGAAAGUCAGUUACAUCCCGACAUUAGACAUAUGAAAAGUUGCAAAUUGGGUUUUACAAGGAGCAGAAACAAGUUUCUCGGAGAAAGCGAUGCAAGUGGAUUGGGAAAAGAGUUUAUUAGGUGAACUGGGAGAUGUUAGUCAUCGAUGGAUUUGUGUUC